AUGGAUUCGUUCCAGGGGAUGAUCUGCAUCGCGGCCAGCGCCCAGAGGCUGGAAGUUGAUAAUCGGAUUUCCCUGCGAUACUACUACCGGAUCGCCGGGAACCUCCUCAAGCAGGUUCCGAUCUUGAAGCUCGUUCCCUUUUUGUUUGGGCGGUGCUGCCCACUCGAGGUUCAGAGUCGUCAGAAUGAUAAUCCCAAUUGUUUCGUCAGAAUGUGUUCGGUGUUUCCCCCAAGUUCGGGGCUGGAGUUUUUCUGGAUGGUUUCCGCUUGGAACUGGAUUUCCCAUGCAUAGCUCCUUGUAUAUAUUUGGGGCAAUCUCAAUGCACGUCUUACUUUAAUGCGGGUUGAAUUAUGGCUCGUCGAAGGAUCAUAGGCGAAUAAUAAACAUCUUGACGGUCGCAUACUUCUUGUGACCAUUGCUAAUCGGGAUAGAUCGGGCCCCCGGCGCUUUAGUGAAAACGAAGGAACCACGCUUAAUACAAGUUGAUUGAGCGACAUUGUCUCCUGUGAGCCCGGGGUUGAAAAUGAGUUCAAUCCCAUUCUCUAUGGUAGUCCUAUCCGUCUAGAAAUAACUAAACUACAGGCUUUUUCGCAUGAUCGAGAACUUAAAACAAAUGUGAGGAUUGGUGGGGCGUGUAUGAUAACGAACUUUGAAGAGAUAAAUUGCUGCAUUUACACAAAAACAUGAGAAUGAUUUUUGAAGAUACGGAAAACAUUAGGCUUAUGAGGACUACCGUAGAACGAAUAAUUAAUAAUUAUUUAGAGGAAAAAAGAGGCCCAAAGAGGUAUAUACCAGAGGAUUUAAAGGAAAAGUAUAUGCUUUUGGAUUGGUUAGCCUGUCUAUUGGCGUUUCGCAGGCCUAUUAAAACAAAGCCGAUAUUUAUCUACGGAGAACCUAGCACUCGGAAGACUCUUAUCUAGUUAAAGUCACACGAGUCUACUUUGCUAGUUCCAGAAUAAAUGAUUUUGUGGGAACAGAUGACCGUUAUGAUCUAUGGGUUUUUUAUGAGUUCCAUGAACCUGUGGAGUGGAAUACAUAAUGUUGAUAUCUUGAAUAUAGUCCAAGCUCUAAUCAUGAAGAUUUUAUGGCUGCUGACAACAGCAUAGAAGAGAAGAAAUAUGAAGGAUAUAUGUCUUUUACUCAAAUGUUUUAGCUACCCUGAAUAAUUAUGGAAUGAUCAUCAUCAUUACUUUAUUUUGUUUUUAACAAAGGGCGUAUCAUGCUUAUAUUUCAUUGUCAGUGCUUUUCUGUUUAAGUCUAAGGUUUGUGUUUUGGCUGGCUUUUCAUUUUUGUUAUUAUCUAUUGAUUUUCAGAAGAUUUUCAGGCAACCAUGGCAAUUUGUUUUACAUCCAAACAUGUUGAUUUUAUACAGGCGGAUGUCUACAGAGAAGAGAAGAAUAUUAUAGAUUUGUAUAUCAUGCUGCUUCGGUUUUCCAGGUGAAGACAUAGUCCAAAGAGAAUAAUUUCCUGCUAGCUGUGCCUAUCUGUUACCCAUUUUUCCCUUAUCUUUUACAUGGAGAAUGCAUCUCCUGAUUUCUAUUUGUCAUGGUUUCCUGAUCCUUGCCUGUAAGGUUGUGAUGCCUCUUUAAAUAUUGACUAAGAUUUCUAUUCUCGGCUGCAGUUUGGUUAAAGAAACAAUUCCACAACACCAAGACUAUAACACAUAUCUACCCUAUGAAAGAAACUCUCUUAGAAAGGUAUGGAUAUGUUUAAUUUAAUCUGGUGCUGCUUAUGGGCUUGCAUGUAUUCUUGACCUUUGACUUCUUAUUCUAUCUAGAAAUUAUUGAAUACUUUAACUGAGCUAGAGGAGCUAAAGCCUAAGGUUCAAUUCCGACUUGAAGAACUCAAGAGAAAGUCAAGGAAUCAAGUGAAUAGGUGGGGUCAGGUUCAACAAGACGUUCGUGAUGAUUCUUCGGAGUGGUCAUCUAUAAAACAACAAACACGUACAAAUUAUGAAGGGAAACAGGUGAAUAUCGGUCUUUCUAGAAACUUUUCAUUUCAAUGACUUUAUAUUCAUUGAGAACAUUUACCUAUAACUUGAUAUUUCCCUUGAAAAAAUGAUUAAUUAUACGGAGUUCCUCUGGAAUACUGAUCGAAAAAGACGUUGGGAGUGAGUAUUGAUUUAAAAUGGACUGGAGACAAUUAAAAAGGUAUUCAAUUGUUUACGUUUUUUGUGAUUAUCUGUUCGAUUUUUUUCAAGUCCAAUGGGCUGUGAAGUUUCGAUUCGUUUCAUCAAAAAAUCGAAAACUUCUGCAGACAAUUAAAUUAUGAAAGAUUUUUUCAGAAAGUGAUAUUAGUACUAUCUUCUUCCCUAGUAUCCAAGAAACCACCCUGGAGAUACCUCAUAACUCCGUGUACGUAUUGCAGAGAACACCUUCCUAUGGAAGAGAGCUAUACAAGGUACCACAAAGUUAUAGAAACAAGUCAUCAACUCUCGUAACUUCAGAAGAGCAAUUUCGCCGAUUGUAAGUCUUACGAUCUUCCUUGUUUCAACUUAUACUGCUAUCUGAAACUUGCAUUCUGCUUUUCAAACUGUUGUUGUUUAGUUUCAUGCCUUUGUGUUGCGGUUUUUCAUUUGUACCCCUCUUUUUGUUCUUCUGUGACUCCACCGAUCAUCAGUCACCUAAACCCUAGCCUAGUCACUUCCUUGGGAUCCUCUUCUUGACUGAUUCGUUCCGAUCUCACCCACCUCUUAUGGCUUAUUUAAUUUGGUGUUCUCCCCCUCAUCAAAACUGAACUAUAAUAAGAAGUUUAAGGUCACAUCUAUCGGAUAAUUCGGUAAAUCUUGCUUCGGCGUCAAGUCUGGUGGUGAGGAUUGAUUUUAUUGUAGGUGUUAGUACUUCUGUGCCAGCAGGAUGUAUCUGUUGUUUAAUUCGAAUAUCAUAAACUCCAUUAUGUCCAAAACACGACUGUGAAUGAUGUUUAUGUCGAAUUGAUAUUGGUCUUUUUUACUGUAACGUAUCAUUUUGUGUUCAUAUGUAUCAAUUUAGUAGCCAAUGCAAGUUAUCACGUGAUUUAGUAAAAUAACAUUUCACCAUGAUUGGGAAUUUUUUGUUCACAUUCCCACUUUUUUAGUAGGUUCAAACGGAGAUAUGGUAUCAGCCAUUGAUAUCCCUGUCACAUAGCUAUUCCAAUUAGGGCCUCAGGGUUUAUUCCUGUAGUUGGCGAAAGCUAAGCUCUAUCAGUUGAAAGAUCUCCAUGUGCCGUGAACUGAAACCCUACGAAAGCUUGAUAGACACUGCCUCCCCUGCCUCACAAAAAUCUCGAAUAGUUUCCCAAGUCCAGGACUAAGAAGAUCUUAUGGUCAGCAUUCAUGGGAGUAGCUGAAAAAAGGAACUGUCAUAUUCACUUAUCAAGCUGUUUCUUUUUCAAUAUUCACUUCUCCUUUCCAAAGUAACCUUUAAUACCGCCUCAUUAUUUCCAGACGAUUACUUGGCCCUUAGCUGGCACAUUUUAAAGUGUCGAUGUACCCAGCAGGUGGUAACCUUUGGCGAUUAUCCUUUUCUAGGGGUUUAAUCCAUUCAGUCACAUUUGUGCUCCUGCAGGACUCCGUGUCCACUGCCUCAAGCAAGAGUGAUUAUUUUAUGUUGAGAAGUACAGUUCCAUUCUAGUGACGUGAGGAACAUCAUUCUUUUGUGCAAGAAAGCUUAGAUUAGGUUAUUUUUCUGAAUGUCUGAAGAGGUUGAUGACUUGUCGUGAUUCAAGUUGACAUGGCGCACUGUCACAUUAAUCGUUUUCUAGAAUUCUCUAAAAAUCAGCUCUUACUCAUGGGGCUCCACUGAUCCUAUUGUGCAACGUGUUAUUAUAUUGAAAAAGUUAACAUAUCCUCGUCAGUCCUCAAGAGGCAGGUUUGGUGUAAGAAAUUAUGCCGUUACUAGGUGAUAAGAGGAUACAAAUUACUAAGUUAUGAGGAAACAUAGACACUCACAAUCUUUGCACGUGUUCCGUUUUGUAAUUUUUUUUCUUCUUCUGAUUUUGGUUGUUAAUCUUCCCUAGGUCCCUAGGUAUUCCACGCCCAAAGGAAGAGACAUUGUCCAGACACUCUAUUUUGGGUCCAAAUGGAUUGUACGGACAGUGGCAGCCCGCAGUUGUGAAUACAAGGGUACAGUUCGUUCAACUAAUUGGAUGCAGUGUAAUCUCUGAAGAGUUGUUGACUUUCUCUUUUUAUCUUCUCAGGUUCAGUAUCCAAGUAAUCUAGACUUGUCACCUGUUACGAUACCAAGGUAAUCCUUGUUGUCGAUUAUGUUCUUCCCAUGCCUUUCUUUCUUAUGGUAAAUAUCAACCAGAAAGCUAAAGGAAAUUUCAUCGUUUCCUGAAUGCAUCUGGCUUUGCCUGUAUUGAUCCGAGAUCAGGCAUCACACGGUAAAUAUCGUUGUUUCGUGUAUAUUUCAUAAUCUCCUUGUUUCAGAUGGAUUUUCUUGUAGAGAUCCGAGAUCAGCCAUCGUAUGGUAACUAUCAAACAGAAAACCUUGGUAUAGCCUUGGAGAAAAGAGAUGUUUAACAGAUGACCAGCAGAGAAAAUACACCGAAAAUUUCAUGAAAUGCGUUUCAUUUACAUCUUCGUUUUAUUGUCCCAUUUAUUAUUCUUCUAGACCCUCUACUCUGAACUCGUGUUGACCGGAAUGUCAUCCCCUUUGUUUCCUUUUGCAUGAGUCCAGCGCACAGCUAUUGAUACAAGAUGUAACUGCACCUGUAGAAAAGAAUGAUAACUCGGGAGCUGAAAAAACCGCACUUGAGCCAGUUCUUUCCCUUCAGGACGAAAUACUAUCACUUCUUGUUGAAGAAAAACCUUCAGUGGCUACUCCAGAUGUUACGGAAACUGCUAUGAAGGUGGAUGUCAUCAGGCAACCUUCUCCUCCACCCGUUCUUGCAGAUGUACAAAAUUUGGUCGCUGACAUUUCCAUUCCGCCUACACAACGUGAUGAUUCGAUUUUGAGAGAACCUGAAUCACUGCCAGAUGAGCUACUCCGUGCAGAAUCUCCUUUGGAAGUACAUAUUGUGAGAAGCCUAUCUUUAAUUUUUUUCCCCCACAUAAGAAAUUCUUAGGAUGAUCUUUUUUGUGAGAUGUGCUUUUACUUGCUAUGUCUCUUACAUGGCUUUUCUUCUCUCUUUCUUGCAAAUCAUCUAGUCAGCAGCUUUGAUGGAUAGCUUCUUGAGGGUAGCUAAAUCAAACACAUCAAAUAAUCUUGAAACCUGUGGUGUUCUUGCUGGUUCACUUGUAAGAGCAACACUAUUUUGACCCAAUUUACCUAUGCUAUAAUAUAAAACCUGUUAGGAAUAUCACACCUGGUUUUGCAGAAAAACAGAAAAUUCUAUGUGACAGCCCUCGUCAUACCUAAGCAAGAGUCAACCUCUAAUACUGUGAGUUCCCAGAUUCUAUACUCUUCCCAUUUUAUUAACACUUUUCGUACACUCUGGGUUGUAAUAAUUUGUUGCUUGUAUAUUCAGUGUCAUACAACAAAUGAAGAGGAAAUAUUCGAUUACCAGGACAAGGAAUCUCUUUUUCCCCUUGGGUGGAUUCAUGUGAGUAACUGAUUUUGUUUUAUUGCCUCCAGAUAGUUUUAUUUUGCUCGUCAAUUUUAUUUUCAAAUCAUUAAGUCAACUCUUUGAUAUGUAGCCUUAGUGUUGCAUGCAUUUCCUCGUCAUAUCAUCCACGUUUUUGUCAGAUUUUUUACCAUAGCCGGAGAAAUAGUUACUUUUGAUGUGCUUCUAGGAAGAUUUACACAAAACUGCUGUAUUCAAUUGUGAUGAUCAGAUAUUAAAUUGAAUCGUUGUCUCACUAUUUUUGAAGACAGUAAAUCCGACAAGUUAAACAGAUCUCAUUGUCCUAAGAAGCAAGGAAAUUUCAUGAAGCAGACCACCUCACUUGAAAUCAGUGCCUCAUAUGGGAUUUACAUUGUGUGAUUCUAGCGUCUAGGUUUUAAAACUCUUAACACUUGGAAGCUGGUGGAACCAGACCUUGUAAACUUGUAACCUAGAGUUCAUUGUCUUUAUCUGGGAUUUCUUGAUUUAUUGAUCCAACAUGCAUAGAUCCUUGAUGUCUUCACGAUUUUCCAUAUUUCAUUAAUUUACGAGUCCUCCUAUAGAAUGAUAGGCACUAUUGUUUCCAGUUACCAUCAGCAUUUUUCUUAUGGGUACAAUAAAAAUCCAGCAUGCAUAAUAUUCUUACAUUCUCCAAGAUCAGUGAGUGUGGUUUGGAGAAAAGUCCUACUAUGAUCCUAGGAGGCAAUGAAGAACGUAGAAGAUUCCAAUAGAAAGGGGAGAGGGAAAACUGAUUGUUUUAUGUGGUUCGGAUAUCCCUGCAUCAAUCGGCAGCCUAAAUGAACAAUAUUAGAAAUCUUUCAAGAGAAAAAGGAAAUACGGCCCAGGGUAAAAGUGUUUCUAGUAUGCUCAAGGAAAAAUUCCUCCCUGCUCACGAAUAUAAGUGAAUUUGUUUUCAUAUAUUACGAAACGAUUUAAUUUUUAUGCAUGGUAUAUGAUAUGUGAGAUGAUAGUUUAGUCUUGAUAUGCAUCUCAUACAUCAUCAUAGCAACUCCCACGAAUAUAGGUGAUUUUUUUCAAUAUAUUACGAAACCAUUUAAUUUUUAUGCAUGAUAUAUGAUAUGGGAGAUGAUAGUUUAGUCUCGGUAUGCAUCUCAUGCAUUUUUUUCAUAGCAACUCUUUUUAGAGUGAUUUUUCUAAGGGGCUCUUGUAUUUCUCUUGUCCAGACACAUCCCACCCAGUCCUGCUUCAUGUCCUCGGUUGACCUCCACACCCAUUACUCAUAUCAGGUGGGCACAAAUUCAAUGGGCAACAGUCUCGUGAUGUUCAGAACGACGACUUUCAUCUAAUCAUUUAUCGUCCCAUUUUUGUGCCCGCCAUGAUAUUUUGUUUGUGUUCUUAUCCAAACAGAUUAUGCUGCCGGAAGCCAUUGCCAUCGUAAUGGCUCCAAAGGAUUCUUCAAGGUGGGUCCGAGGAAGAUCUUGCUCUGAACCUUCAUUAACGUCGUUUCAUCGAGGAAGAUCUCGCUCUGAACCUUCAUUAAUGUCGUUUCAUCGAGGAAGAUCUCGUUAUGUUCUCUCAGUGGAUCUCUUCCGCUUGGUUCAGUGCAACUCAAGCAAGUUCUUCGCUCUGGUUUUGCAGCCCCUACGGGAUAUUCCGCCUGACUGCACCAGGUGGGCUGAACGUCAUCAGGAACUGCCAGCAACGAGGCUUCCACGCCCACGAGCAGCCCGCCGGCGGCGGCCCGCUCUACCGCCGCUGCGCCGACGUCAGGCUCGACCCGCGCCUCAAGUUCGACGUGGUGGAUCUCCGGUGA